CUCUAUAUAAAAGAUACGCAGCUCAGAGACGUUAGAGCAAGACCCAAGACUCUCCAACAACAACAACUAUAAAAAGUCGUUUCCUUUGCCUCUUCCUCGCUCUGCUCUUAACCCAUUUCUUCUUUUUCUCAAAACCCUGCUACCUCCCAUAAAGAAUUUUGAAGAAACCCAUUUCUUAACCUUUGAAAGACCUCUCAAAAUUAAGUCUUGAUUAUUGGGAAUUGCAAUGGAAUAGAAAAAAUCGCAUCUUUCAUGUGAUUCUUCUUGUUAUGGAAUAUGAAGUUUCAGACAGUAGUGGUACUGAUGAUGAUCUCCCGCCCUCAAAUCAAAAUAGACUUGUAAGACGAGGAAGAGCUCCAGGAAGUGGGCAAUCUGCUGUGAUUUCUGCAACAUAUUCUAGAGUGCAAGCUGACAUGGAGGCCCAAAUUCAUCAUCUCGAACAAGAAGCAUAUAGGGCUGUACUUCGUGCUUUUAAGGCUCAGUCUGAUCAACUUUCUUGGGAUAAGGAGGGUUUGAUUACAGAACUUAGGAAAGAGCUCAGGGUGUCAGAUGAUGAACACAGAGAGAUCUUAACAUUGGUCAAUAGAGACGAUAUCAUUCAAAGGAUAAGGGAGUGGAGAGAGGCAGGUGGCCAGCAAGUUCCCAGGUUCAUUGCUUCACAGUCUGUUCAUGAUGUUUUGUCCAGUCCCACUGUUUCUGCAUCCCGUAAAAAACAGAAGACUUCCCUGGUGUACCCCACUGGUCCUCCCAGAAAUCAACAUUUCAACAACCAUGGUUCUGCCUAUGAUGAUAAGGAAAUUGGAAAAGAAGUGUGGACAAGAUGGCCUGAGGACAACAACUUCUACAAGGCUGUCAUAACUAGAUAUAACCCUGCUGAGGCUCGACAUGCUCUGGUCUAUGAUAUGAAUACUGAAAAUGAGACAUGGGAAUGGGUUGAUCUCAAUGAGAUGGCUCCUGAGGACCUUCGUUGGGAAGUUGAAGAUCCUGGAAUUUCUCAUGGCAGGCCAGGCCAUGUAAUGAAAAAAUCUAUGAGCCAUGGUGGUCUUAUUUCAAGUUCUGUAAGAGGGAGGGGAUCCACUAAGGAUCAAUCAAAAAGGGAAUUUUUUCGAAUGCAGAAUGGUAUUGCAAGGAAACUUUCUGACAAUAUUGAAUUACUCAACACAGAGUCCCUAGUUAAGGAGGUGGAGAGGGUUUUUGGUGUCAGCUAUCCUGAUCCUCUUGAGCUUGAGAAGGCCAAAAAAAUGUUAAAAGAGCAUGAACAAGCACUUGUUGAUGCAAUUGCAAGGCUCGCAGAUGCAUCUGACGGAGAAAGUGAUGGAGAUCCACGAUUCUUGCAUGGGCAAGCAAUGGAGGAGCAGGAAUGAGGUCGAUGAAACCAGCUAACGUUGGAGGCUCGUAAUCACCCUUAAAAGAGUUUAAAGCCCUGGAGGAUUGCAACCGGAGGAACGGAAUGGCAGAAUAUAUGGAGGCAACAGCAAUGGCGCUUCAGCGGUCAUUGCUUGAAUUGAAAAAAUCAAGACUCGUUGUAGAAAGUAUAGCUACAGGCUCAGUUUUGUGCUUAAUGCUAGGAAUAUGAAAUUUUCGUUGUUUAAUCUUCAUUUUAAAGUUUUGUAAAAUAAGCUUCUUCUUUGCUUGCAUUGAUACAUGAAAUAAAAAAAACAAAAGAAGUCCAGAUCUUGUUUUCUUAA